GCGCGUAUGGUCAGCACUAAAUAUCUCGCGUUUCCGGAUGAACUGCUCGUUGCUGUUUUCCUUGAGCUGGAUGUCGAUUCUAUCAUUGCAUGUCAGAAAACGUGCAAACGCUUUCAACACAUCAUAGAGGACAGCGUUCACGUCCAGUACCACGUCGAGCUACAGCUUGCGUGCAUGAAAAAUGGACCAAACUCAGAUACGAGCACCGCCUCUCGCCUUUCCAUGCUCCGAGCGCAGCGUCGAGCCUGGGCAGCGCUCUCGUGGUCAACCCCCGAACCCGUUGUACUGCCUACACCUCCGGGCGUCACGAAGUGGAAGCUGUGCAUCCGCCUGCCUUCGCCAAUCAGGGGAAUUGAGCAGCGGGAAUGGAGGAUCGACCAUACGUGUGGAGAGAAUGACCUGAAAUGGGACUUUUGUCACGACCCUUCUCAGGACCUUCUCGUCCUGUUUGAAGAGUUCAAGAUUAGCGACGAGGAAGAGUCACACUCGGCGUUCAAGAUCCACUUUCUUGCUAUAUCCACUGGCACACUUCAUCCCGCAGCUACUAGUCCUGUGCUGCUCUACGCACCUAAAUUCCGGUACUGCGACAUUAAUGUGAGCCUAACCCUACAAGUGUGCGGCCAGCAUUUAGCUAUGGCUAUGGAAGACAACGACUGCAAAGAACAACCGAAAUUUGUCAUAUGGGACUGGGUAUCAGGGCUAACGAAAAUGGAAAUCUCCUACGAUUUUAAUCACAGCUUCCAGUCAUUCUCACUCCUCCCAGACAACCUCGUCCUUGUCGGUGCUGCCCGAUACAUUGAAGAGCUGAAGCAUGACGUACACCUAAGCGUAUACGACCUUGGCCAGACCGCUCAUUCCGGAUCGUACACUCUCACUGAUGUGGACGACUGCUCAUACGUAUGCAGGCUGCGUUUCGACCCAGAGCUAUCAGAUGAAGACAUAUUUAUCUCAUCCAUGCCGCUUCCCCUUGACGAGCACAUGGCUUUGGAUAAUGAAGGCGUGGAGCGCGCAUCACCAUUCAUGCUUGCUCCUGAAGCACAACUGAUUGUCGUCUACCUGGGCGCUUGUUGGACCUCAACACGGGUAUUCUUCCCUGUUUCGGCCAUCAUGAAGCACGUCUCCUCCACUCGAAGGUCUGGCGCAUCGGGCAUCGACGUCCCGUGGUGCGAUUGGGGACUAAGCUCCCGGGUGUUCGUGGAUUCAUUCCGCAAUGUGGGGAGUGGCAAUGUGUGGCAACGCGACUCGACACGCGGGUUACGCUUUGCUACUGUGCUCAAUCGCAUUCUUUCUAAUGAGGAUUGGGUGCGUCGUGAGUUUUAUGAGGUCGUGGCUAUCACGGAUUUCAACCCCUUGGCACACACGGCGCGAUCUGGCUUGGGCAAGGUCUGGACGCGUCCUCAGCCGGAGAGCGAGCGGUGGGAAGCCAAGUUUCGAGCCUCAUGGAGAGAGGAAGAUCAACAUAGCCGGUGGUGGGACUCAUGUCUACUUGGCGAGGACUUGAUUGUUCUUGUGUCUGAAAGUUGGCACAGAGGACAAAUAUUUGCGGUCAUGACACUCAAGGAGCCAGCCGAGGAGCCAACAAGUGCUGCAUGA